AUGGUGAGGCGUGAGCCACUGGAACGCCCGGACGUCCAGAGGCUGUACGCUCACCUCACUGCCGGCCCAGAAGGCGCACGACAGCUGGAUUGGAACUCCCUGGAGUCCAUCAGCUACGAGCAGGCGCUGGCUGAGCAGAGCCCGAUGAUGCCUUGCGUCAUGGCUGGCAGAGCGGUGCCUCCUAAGGAGGGACAGCAUGCUGCGCGAGCUGGGAAGGUGCGGACCAACCAAGCAAGCAAGGCGUGUCAGUCGAGCUACUGCCAGCGACUUGGGGCCUGUAUUUGCCACGACCGGGUGCCGGCAUCCAUGGCGGCCAUGAAGCCCCAGGACCGGGUUCUGGCGAAAGGCCGUCGCUGCAGUACGCCAUGA